GCCCCGGCCACAUUCACUCCGCCAUGAAGAGCGCCCCCCAGACACCCCCCCCGCCCCCCCAGCAGUCCGGGCUGGAGGGGCCUGUGCCGUCUUCAAGGUCCUGGUGCCCAUGGCUUCCUCCCCGGUGGACGCAUCGCGCAGGCGGCAGGAGAGGCGGCGGCAGCUGGACGCGCGCCGCAGCAAGUGCCGCAUUCGCCUGGGCGGCCACAUGGAGCAGUGGUGCCUCCUCAAGGAGCGGCUGGGCUUCUCCCUGCACUCGCAGCUCGCUAAGUUCCUGUUGGACCGGUACACUUCUUCACGCUGUGUGCUCUGUGCAGGUCCUGAGCCUUUGCCCCCCAAGGGUCUGCAGUAUCUGGUGCUCCUGUCGCAUGCCCACAGCCGGGAAUGCAGCCUGGUGCCUGGGCUCCGGGGCCCCGGGGGCCAAGAUGGGGGGCUUGUGUGGGAGUGCUCUGCAGGCCACACCUUCUCCUGGGGCCCGUCUUCAGGCCUCACGUCUCCAGAGGAGCCUAAGCCACCUUCCUGUCCAAAUACUGCCAGGAGAAGCUGGUGCCCAGAGGCCAGGAGUGGGCAGGAGCCUGCAGGUUUGGCAUCUGAGCACAAUGAGAGGACUCAGGAGGCCAGGUUGCCCAGCAGGGAAGUAGGACCCGUACUGGAGACCUUCCCAACCCCAGGAGAAGAGGGGGAGGAGGAAGAUGAGGAUGAAGAGGAAAUGCUCAGUGAUGCCAGCCCAUGGACCUACAGCUCCUCCCCAGAUGACAGUGAUCCAGAUGCCCCCAGACUACUACCUUCCCCUGUCACCCAUGCACUUAAGGAGGGAGAGACACCCCCACCCCCAGAAGCUCCCCUCAAUCCUCUUGCUGUACUGUCCUCAUCAACAUCAUCAUUGGGUUCUGGAGCUCUUCUGCCUAUGGAAGUUGGGGUACAGCCAGAAAUCAGAGGGACCCCUCAAGCAGCCCAGCAGACUGAGCCCUUGGCCAGCCCUGAGAGUCAGGCCCAGUCUGCUCUGACCUUGGCCUGGGAGGAGGACACGGCACAGAUUGGCCCCAAGAGAAUUAGGAAAGCUGCCAAAAGAGAGCUGCUGCCUUGUGACUUUCCUGGCUGUGGAAGGAUCUUCUCCAACCGGCAGUACCUGAAUCACCACAAGAAGUACCAGCACAUCCAUCAAAAGUCCUUUUCCUGCCCAGAGCCAGCCUGUGGGAAGUCCUUCAACUUUAAGAAACACCUAAAGGAACAUGUUAAACUGCAUAGUGACACCCGGGACUACAUCUGUGAGUUCUGUGCCCGGUCUUUCCGCACCAGCAGCAACCUCGUCAUCCACCGGCGCAUCCACACUGGAGAGAAACCCCUGCAGUGUGAGAUCUGCGGGUUCACCUGCCGCCAGAAGGCCUCCCUGAACUGGCACCGGCGCAAGCAUGCAGAGACCGCCGCCACUCUGCGCUUCCCCUGUGAGUUCUGCGGCAAGCGAUUCGAGAAGCCGGACAGCGUUGCAGCUCACUGUAGCAAAAGCCAUCCAGCCUUGUUACCAGCCCUACAAGAGUCACCUGGCCCACUGGAGCCCUGUCCCAGCAUCUCUGCCUCUGUGACCCCGAGGUCUGGUGACGAGUCCAGGCCUUCGGGUCCUCAGACUCUGACUGUACUCCCUCAGCAGUCAGCAUCCCUGGGCUCUGAGGAGCCAGACCCCAGGGACUGGAGAGAAGUGCCAGGGAGUGCAGGGUGGGGGCAGAGAAACCAGCCAGGCUACGUUAGUCUUCCUAAAGGACAGAAUAAACCCUUAUUUUACAUGGACACGUGUGGGCAGAGUAUUUUGGCACCUGCAACGCAGGAAUCCUGAUUCCUUUAGAAGCAGGCUGCUAGAAUACGCCUAAGUGCACCAUUGGUUGGGCCCUGUUCCUCUCUGCAGGCCCCUACCUCAAGGAGCCAGCUGUCUUUCCCAGUUUGCUUUGGCAUUUUGCAGUUCUUUUCUGUGGGGUAUCAUCAUACAUACCCAUUCUUGCACUCAAGCAGGGCAGGCUGGGACACUAGAGAGGAAUGAAGGUAUGUGAGCAGGAAUGGAGGUAUGUGAGCCUAAGCCAUAUUCGUACACUGCGUUAUCCGGGAGAACCAAAUGUGUAUGCCUGAGGAAUCUUGACUUUGCACGCAAAAUCAAGGGGGCUGUACGUGCAAGAUCACUGAGCUACCUUGAAUACCUUAGGAUCACUCCUAAGUCUGCCAAGACAGCGGCCUCAGCUUUGAUAAAGGAGGA